GGGCUUUUGUUUAGAGUAACAGACCAAAGAUGUGAUGCUGAAUGAGGGAUGAGAGCAGAUAUAAUACACAAUCACACAGUUUGAAGCUGCAGACAGACACAUCAGUCUCGGACAAUCUCUGAAAAAUGGACAAAGCUCUACUUUUUCUUCUUCUUCUAAUUGCUCUCUGCUCCGUAUCUGAAUGUGUUCGGCAUCAGUAUCGCUUUAUAAAUGAGAAGAAGACCUGGACUGAAGCUCAGAGAUACUGCAGAGAGAGAUACACAGAUCUGGCCACCGUUGACAACAUGAAUGACUUAAAUGAGCUCAUAAUGAGUGUGAGUGAUCAAAGUGUUCAGUUGGUCUGGAUCGGGCUGCAGAAUACGGGUCGUGAAGAAUGGCAGUGGUCUUCAGGAGAACCUGCGCUCUAUCUGAACUGGACACCUGGCCAACCAGAAGGUAGAGAUGAGUGUGCUAUUAUGGCAAAUGGAACUUUUGAGGAUUUGCCAUGUAGUCUUACCUGGCCUUUUAUCUGCAACAACAUGAGCACAGGACUCGUCUUUGUCAAUCAGGCGAUGAAUUGGAGUGACGCUCAGAGUUACUGCAGACAGAAUCACACGGAUCUGGUCAGUGUGAGGAACCAGAAUGAGAAUCAACAGGUUCAGAAGUUCAUCAGUGAUAGUCUCUUACCUGGAUCACGGAUCUGGAUCGGUCUGUUCAGAGUCAGAGACUCAUGGCAGUGGUCAGAUCAGAGCGACUCCUCAUUCAGAUACUGGAAGUCUGAUCAACCUAAUGGGUUUAGAAAUGGUGAAAAUUGUACAAUGAGUCAAUCGAAUGCUGAAAGAAAAUGGCAUGACUGCCCUUGCACUGAUCAAUAUCCUUUUGUGUGUUAUGAAGACGCUGAACUGAUUCUGAUCAGAGAGAAUCUGACGUGGGCCGAAGCUCUGAGAUACUGCAGACAGAAUCACGUGGAUCUGGUCUCAGUUCAUUCAGAAGAGAUGCAGCAUCGUGUGAAGAACGUGGUUAAACGGGCGUCUACUGCAGCGGUGUGGAUGGGUUUACACAACUACUGCGUCAUGAACAUGUGGCUCUGGCUGAGUGGAGAGAUCGUGUGUUAUCAGAAAUGGGCUCCAGGGAACGGAACGACGCAAGAAAACUGCAAACUCGAGAAGAGAAAAGGAGCCGUUCAGUCUGGAGGAGAUCAGCUCUGGAUCAGCCUUCCUGAAUCUCACAAACUCAACUUCAUCUGCAGCAGAAAUUAAGAGCAGAAAAGCAUACUACUACCACGUGUGCCGCAGGACCAUGGCAUUAACUGCAAGUCAGUCCCAUGGUAAAGUUGUUCACAAAACUGCAAUCAGGUAGCGCAAAAGAGUUUGCAAACUACCCGAAGAUCUAGUAACGAAAUAGAACAACAAGUUUAAAAUACAACAUUAUAACUUAACAUUAUAAAAUACAACAUUAUAACUUAAAAAUGAUUAGAAAAUUAUUUUGAAAUGAAUUUCUAUAAAGUUAAUUUCAAAACGUAAUAGUCAGAAUAAAACAAUUACAUGUACAUAAAAAGCUCUUAAUGCAUGUUAUGGGUCAUUAUUUCCUUAUGUUGUAUUAAUGAUUAUUAUUUUAUGUCACAAAUUAUGAAAGGCUUGAAAAUUACAUUUAAUAAUUGGCUUAUGUAUUUCAGCAGGUCACAAAUACUUAUUGGUUAUUUAGUUUUUUUUUUUAACACAUUUGUUCCCAUAUCUAAAGCAGAUGACAAUUAUGCAAAUUAUGAAAACUUAUGUCCCUAAAUUUAGAAAACCUUUAUUGUUUCUUUGCAUUAAUUAAACCAUGUUAUGUUUUAAAUAUAAUUGUUUUAUAAUACAAAAUUAAUGAUAAUAUGGUUUAGCAUACAAAGUUUAGGCAAAAAAAAAAAGAAUUAGACACAAAACAAAUUAAAAAUUUUGUCGGUUUUUAGAAAAAUAUUACAACAAUCAUUUCCAAAGGCAAAUAUCUGGUAUAGACCUGCACAGGCCUCAAACCUAGGCCCUAUAACCAGCCCUUGUUUUUUUUGACCAUGUAGAUAGCAGCAGUCAGUUGAUUUGAUAACGUUUGAUUAAUUUAGCCAUCUUAAAUCAUCUAGACUUGCUUAAACCUCUGGGGCUUGAAGGUGUUUUGGGAUUUAAUUCUGUGUAAAGCUUAACCACUGUCACGAACUGAGAGUCUAGCUAUGGAGGAAUACAUUUCAGAGGCUCUCAAAUCUGGUUUCAUCCAACCUUCUACUUACCCAGCCGCCGUGGGUUUCUUCUUCGUGGAAAAGAAGGACGGAGGAUUACGACUCUGUAUCGGUUAUCGUAGACUCAACAAUGCCACUAGUGAUAAUGUUUUCAUCGCAUUUUCUGGUACAAAAUUAGCUGCUGCAGAUUAGGUUUAAAGGCCAAAAACCUUUCAGCUCGCUCGUCAUGUUCAUAAUGAAUCUAUUGUGACUUCAAGUGAAGAUUAUUUUAAUUAAUAUUACUAUUUCCUAUGAUGCAAAGCUGAUUUUUUUUAGCCUCAUUUCAGUUUUCACUGUCAUAUGAUCAUUCUAAUGCUGAUCUGUAACAGAUACCAUGAAACGGAUACUCUAGUGCUUGAACUCUACUUACUUUUACAUAUGAAAGGAAAAAUAUACAGGUUCCUCAUAUGAUUUUCAGAUGGGAAAGUGGGGAUUUAUGGUGAAAAUCUAAAUAAAUAUUGAUAUCUCACUAAUGUAUUAUGUUGCUUCUGAAGACAAGGAUUUGGACACAGAAAAACAUGAUCUUCAGAGAGAAUAUGAUAUCCAAAUCACUUUGGAUUAAAAUGGUGUUCGUGUCA